AUGGCGGCCCCCGCGGACAAGACCAUCGCCGACCUCUCCGGCAAGUGGGUCAUGAACAAGACCCUCUCUGACUCUCCCGAGCCCGCCCUCGCCCUCCAGGGCAUCAGCUGGAUGGUCCGUAAGGCCGUUGGCAUGGCUACCGUCACCCUCCACGUGAAGCAGUAUUCGGCUCCCCCGUCUCCCCCCGGCAGCGGCACCGAGCCCGUUACCCACAUCGACAUUGACCAGUUCGCUACCGCCGGCCUCAAGGGCACCACGGAGAACCGUUGCCUUGACAUGGAGUGGCGCGAGCACUCUGACUGGAUGUUCGGCUCAGUGCGCGGCCAGAGCAAGUGGAUGUCUGCAGAGGAGAUUGAGGACGAAUUUCUCAAGAAGGGUCCCUGGCUCGAGGGUGAGGCCGAGGCCACCGGCCCUGACGGCAAGAGCCACAUUUACAGCCACGUGGAGAGCAUCGACAACGGCUGGACCGCCACUCAGAUCUGGGGAUUCCAGACCAUCGACGGCCAGCGUCGCUAUGCGCGCAACGUCCUCGUUCAGAAGGGCGGCAAGAGAGUUGAGAUCCGUCUCGUGUACGAUUGGCUUCCUUAG